AUGGCACAGGAUCAUGCGGUGUUACUGAAUCACCUUCGCUGGACGAUGGAUCUCCUGUUGGAUCUGGGUUUCCUUCUCAAUCAGGAGAAGUCCUGUCUCACCCCGGCUCGCGAGAUGGAGUUCCUGGGGUUUCUGGUGGAUUCCACGGCGGGGACUCUCAGCCUACCACCCACCAAGGUUCGGUCCAUUCGGAGGGAGUUGUGCAGAGCCAGGUCGUCCUCCCAGAUCCCGUUGCGUCAACUAGCCAGGAUCAUAGGCCUUCUAGCUUCUUCUAUCCAGGCGGUCUUCCCAGCCCCACUACAUUACCGGGCCCUCCAGCGGCUGAAGAUUUUCCACCUCCGGAAGAGGGCUUCCUAUGCGGACUGGAUUUCCCUGGACGGGGAAACCAAGGAGGAGCUAUCCUGGUGGAUCCACAAUUUACAGAAUUCAGACCUGUCCUUACGGCAACUGUCGGCGAAGCUCGUCACGCUUUUCUGUCUAAUCUCCUGCAAGCGGGUGUCUGACGUCCGGGCUUUGGAUUAUGAUGCCCGCUCGUACACCCCGGAGGGGGUCUCCUUUGACAUCUCUAGGAGGACCAAGUCUCACAUACGCUCAGUCGCUUAUCCUGCUUUCCCGGCCUCACCUUCUCUCUGUCCGGUGGAAUGCCUCAAGGAGUAUGAAGCUCGCACUUCCCUUCAUCGAUCACGGGAGUUUUCUCAUCUUUUCCUCUCUACCAUUCGUCCUUUUGCCCCGGUUGAGACCGGCCUGGUGUGCGGUCCAUGUCCUGUCAGUGUAAAUCAGAGCGAGGAGGAGAGCGGCCCCACCCUGAUGUCUCCCCGAGCACUGCACACAGGUGUCCUCACCAUCCUGACAGUACUAUCACUCUCAUCAGGAAAAGUCUAUGUGCGGAGAGGUUCAGACAUCAGUGACUGUGACAUGAAAUGUCUUCAGAAAGAUGGUGUCCUGAAGCUGUACAGAAAAUGUGAAGACGAAAAACAGAUUCUGGUCUCUCUGUAUUGUCAUCGCCUUAUUCUCGAGAAUCAGUUUGAGUCCCGACUCCACCUGGACACAAACAGCGGCUGCUGGACCCUGAAGGACGCCAGGAAGGAGGACUCCUGUGUGUAUAAUGUCAUAUUGAAAAGGAUUCAAGAAAAAGUCCUGCGCUCUACAGACAUCACAGUCCUAGAUCCCGUUCUCAUCACCAGCAUAACCAGUAACUCCAGCGAGCUGGGUCAGGACAUUGCUGUGAGCGUCCACUUCUCUGGAGAGGAGACGGCUGUGGCCUGGGAGGUGGACGGGGGGCGUCUUCUCGACAGAUACCAUCUGAUAGACGACAACAGGACGCUGAUCAUCCUGAGAGCCCAGAAAGACGAUGCCGGGCGGAGACUCGGGGUCCAGAUCACAAACCCCGUCAGUAAUGAAACCCAGGAGUACGAGCUGCAUAUUACAGUCCCCCGAUCCUCUGAUGAGAUAUUACUUGCUUCGGUGCUUCCUGUGUUCGGGGUUAAGCUCGUUUUGGUCCUGUCUCUGUUUCUCGUUUGUUGUUAUGUCAAGAAUUGAAGCUGAUGGCCAUAAAUGAUGUGACAAAUGGAGAAGGCGCGGAGGAGAUCAUGUCUCCUGGACGUCCAGCUGCCGGGUCACCGCUUCAAGUAUGAUUGUGAGGUCAUUUCUAAGGCUUGAUCUGCUAAAAUAUUCCUUUAAUAAAAGCUUCCACAA